CGACAUCCCCCGGAUAUGCACUUCGGGAGGCCCCUGCUCCCGGGAUGCGAGAGCUAGGGACCUGUCCGCCCUGUGCGGAGCUCCAGCCGCCGCCGGGCGCGCAACCCUGAGUCUAGGACGCGUUGUGGAGGAAAGGAGUCAGGGCAGGUGCCUAGGCGGGCUAUGCUGAAAGGAAGAUGCUGGCCAGGAAGAGCAUCAUCCCGGAGGAGUAUGUGCUGGCCCGCAUCGCGGCGGAGAACCUGCGCAAACCGCGCAUCCGCGACCGCCUCCCCAAAGCCCGCUUCAUCGCCAAGAGCGGAGCCUGCAACCUGGCUCACAAGAACAUCCGAGAGCAAGGUCGCUUCCUGCAGGACAUCUUCACCACCUUGGUAGACCUGAAGUGGCGUCACACGCUGGUCAUCUUCACCAUGUCCUUCCUCUGCAGCUGGCUGCUCUUCGCUAUCAUGUGGUGGCUGGUGGCCUUCGCCCACGGGGACAUCUAUGCUUACAUGGAGAAAGGCAUCACGGAGAAGAGUGGCCUGGAGUCUGCCGUCUGUGUGACCAAUGUCAGGUCAUUCACUUCUGCGUUUCUCUUCUCCAUCGAGGUUCAAGUGACCAUUGGGUUUGGAGGGAGAAUGAUGACUGAGGAGUGCCCUCUGGCCAUCACGGUUUUGAUUCUGCAGAACAUUGUGGGUCUGAUCAUCAACGCGGUCAUGUUGGGCUGCAUCUUCAUGAAGACGGCCCAGGCCCACAGAAGGGCAGAGACGCUGAUUUUCAGCCGCCAUGCUGUAAUUGCGGUCCGUAAUGGCAAGCUGUGCUUCAUGUUCCGGGUGGGUGACCUGAGGAAAAGCAUGAUCAUUAGCGCCUCGGUGCGCAUCCAGGUGGUCAAGAAAACCACGACGCCAGAAGGAGAGGUGGUGCCUAUUCACCAGCAGGACAUCCCUGUGGAUAAUCCCAUCGAGAGCAAUAACAUCUUCCUAGUGGCCCCUUUGAUCAUCUGCCAUGUGAUUGAUAAGCGUAGCCCCCUGUACGAUAUCUCAGCCACUGACCUUGUCAACCAAGACCUGGAGGUCAUAGUGAUUCUCGAGGGCGUGGUGGAAACCACGGGCAUCACCACGCAAGCGCGGACCUCCUACAUUGCAGAGGAGAUCCAGUGGGGACACCGCUUCGUGUCGAUUGUGACUGAGGAGGAGGGAGUGUACUCUGUGGACUAUUCUAAAUUUGGUAAUACUGUGAGAGUGGCGGCGCCAAGAUGCAGUGCCCGGGAGCUGGACGAGAAACCUUCCAUCUUGAUUCAGACCCUCCAAAAGAGUGAACUGUCGCACCAGAAUUCUCUGAGGAAGCGCAACUCUAUGAGAAGAAACAACUCCAUGAGGAGGAGCAACUCCAUCCGGAGGAAUAACUCUUCCCUCAUGGUGCCCAAGGUGCAAUUCAUGACUCCAGAAGGAAACCAGUGCCCAUCAGAAUCAUGAGGGCAGGACGACCCUAGACAGCCACUCACUGAGUCCCGAUGACUGACAGACCAUCCUGAGACAGUUUGCUGAGUUCUGGUGAUCGAAGUAUCGGACCUGUCGCCAAUUCAGGGCAGGAACACAACA